AUGCUGGUUAUCUUCCACACCAGUUACGCGGGCGCACUGCUCUUUAAUACCGCGGCGCUUAUCCUUCCUGCGCUCUACGGAACACUAGUCAAGAUCUGGAUCGCGAAUAUCAACUCCUCGCUCGUUGUUACGACGGAUGUGUACACAUACCUUGGGACUGUGGCAGAGGUUAUAAAUGAAGGCUUACCGCGCGCAGUAUGGGUAACCAUCGCUGAUAAAGAUGCACGAUCGCUCAAAGCUCGACUGGGACUCGCCUAUACGUUGAUAGUUAUCCAGGCGAUUCUGGGACUAUUGAUGAGUAUUGUCUUCGUCGGCGCCGCCCAACAGUUCUCGUCAACCUUUGUACCACAUGAUGUCCGCGAAGCGAGUAUCAUAUAUAUCCGCAUAAGCGCCUUCUCCGCUCUCAGCUCUGCAAUCGAACUUGCUGUCUCGAAUGCCACGCGAGCGCUAGCCAACACCAACAAAGAAGCUCCUAAGGGUGCAUCAGGACCUACACAGACCGCCGAGCACGAUAAUCGUCCAAAUGCGCACCGGCAAGAUAGGACUCCGCCACUACCUCUAUCAGAGAGGAGUGCCGGAUGUACCAAACAGAGAUUGCCAAUGCGGAAGAGCGACACAAUCGGUCCGCCACAUCCUUCUCGCAUGCCCUACCUUCAGCGGCCUACGGGAGGAAAUCUUCGGCAGACGAUGUGGGGGACCAGAAGGGGAGGGAAGCGUAAAGACAAUCUUAAACACGCCCAAUCUUGCGAUCCAAGCAGCCAAAUUCAUGCUACGCACAGGGCUCCUUUGGGCAAUUUGGAGCUGUACGCAGGGAGGAAAUAG